GUCACCUACUCUUUUUAGUUUUUAGUUUUUCCACUCUCUCUCACAACUUCUUUAAAACUCUUUUUCUGGGGAGAAAAAAAAAAGAAAAAAAAAGAAAAGGAGAAAUCCAGAGCUCAGAACUUUUUCACGAAGAAAGGAGAGCUAGCUCUGUUUUUGGCUCUGUUUCUUUCUGGAUAAAAUGGAAAGGCACAGAUGUAAGCUCUGUUUGAAAAGUUUCUCUAAUGGAAGAGCUUUGGGUGGUCACAUGAGGUCUCAUAUGUUGAAUCUUCCCAUUCCUCCCAAACCAGAAGAAGACCCGACCAUUCAACUCAGCGAAGAGACCGAGUCAGCUUCAUCUUCGUCUUCAUCUUCAGAAGAAGAAGGAGAAGCAGAGGGUGAUGAUAAAGGUGUUUAUUAUGGAUUGAGAGAGAACCCAAAGAGAAGUAUUCGGUUGGUAGAUCCUGAAUUCUCUUUCGCUGUGGAUGCUACGUCUGUUGUUCUUCAAGACAGAGAGAGCGAAACUGAGUCAUCCAAGAACCCAACUCGGAGACGAUCCAAAAGAACUCGAAGUUUGUUAGAGCAUCAAUAUCACCACCACCAACAACGGCAACAAGAACAAGAAAACAAUUUUAAAAAGCUUAUUUUUAGCAAAUUAAGUAAGACCGAGUCAUGGGCUGAGCCUGAACCAGUGAGUUCAAUCUCUGACACGACCGCAGAAGAAGAUGUCGCUUUCUGUCUUAUGAUGCUUUCAAGGGACAAAUGGAAGAGAAGAGAACAACUACUACAAAACAAUCGAGAACAAGAGGAAGAAGAAGCUGAAGCUGAAAAAUCGAUUGAAGAAACAGAUGAAUCGGAUGAGUUCAAAUCUUGCAAAACAAGAAAUCGGGGAAAGUACAAGUGCGAGACAUGCAAGAAAGUAUUUAAAUCUUAUCAAGCUUUGGGUGGGCAUAGAGCAAGUCACAAGAAACUGAAAAAUUAUACACAAAACAGAGAAACAGAGUUGGAAACAGAGAAUGCAGGUACUUCAACUUCGGCGGUAGAGAAGAAAGUCCAUGAAUGUCCUUAUUGUUUUAGAGUAUUCUCAUCUGGGCAAGCUUUGGGUGGUCAUAAAAGAUCUCAUGUAACUGGUUUAGGAACAACUCCUGCUAGAAGUUCUACGAAAGUAGAAGACAAUUUGAACUUAAUAGAUCUCAAUCUUCCAGCUCCAAUUGAAGAUGAUGAUAUUAGCCAAAUCGAGCUGUCUGCGGUAUCUGAUGCAGAAUUUGUCAAUCAUAUCAAGAGGUGAGUAAUUUUGGCUUACUAUACUAUAGCUAUGAUCUUCGAUAAAAGAAGAUUCGAUCCAAAAGUAGAUAGCUUUUGGCUACUUUUGCGUUUUGGGAUCUAAAUUCAUGCGAAUUUGUUAGUUUUAAUUGAGUUUUAUGCUUCCUAUUUAUCCAAAGACUAUUAAUUAAUUUCUUAAUUAAUUUCUUGGUUGAAAUUCUAACUCCAAUUCAUUUCUCCCGUCUGUGUCUCCUGUGACAAGCUCAGUUACUUAUAACAUGAACAUCCAAUUAUUUAUACUUAAAUAAUAAUUUCUUCGUUUUGUUUA